AGUCUGCAGUGGACAUGGCGUCACUGAAAAGUGUAGGAGUCGAGAAACUUCACCCAUGUAAAUAACGACUGAAGCAAAACUGCGUGUCAAGCUGUAGGUAGGAAUAUAUAGUUUGUAGAUUUUUAAAUACUAUAUUAACCAGCUCGUUUUUUAGUAUGCCCCGGAAAAAGCCAUUCAGCAACAAACAGAAGAAGAAACAGCUGCAAGUCAAACGGGAGAGAAAGAGGGGUGACACAGGUUCUGGACCUAGCAGUCGCAAUGCCAGUGUGGAGCGAGGAGGAGAUCGUCAGUCAGAUACUUCAGACAGUGAGACCACUGAUAUUAGGAGAAUAAACCAGCAGCCUUUUAGUAGAGAUGGGCGACAUGACCCCAACAGGUUCCGACUGCACUUUGAGAAAGAGAGUAAAGAGGAUGUGGAGAAGAGAAAGAAGUUGGCCAGGGAGAAGACGUUGCAGCCAGUCUCAGACAAAGAACUUGAAAUCAACAUCAAUGACAUCUAUCCCUCAGAGAAAGGUCUUGGUUUCCCUCGGCGGCCAUCUUGGAAUUAUGAUAUGACACGAGAGAGCCUGCUGAGGAAAGAAGAGAAGUCAUUCAGAGAGUAUCUUGAUGAUCUGCACUCCAGAAACCCACCAGGCUCCCUCAGCCACUUUGAGCACAAUCUUGAGACAUGGAGGCAGUUAUGGAGAGUGUUGGAGAUGUCCGAUGUCAUUCUGCUCAUUGUGGACAUCAGGCACCCGGUGCUGCAGUUCCCUCCAGACCUGUACCACUACAUCUCAGGAGAGCUGCAGAAGCAGGUGGUUUUGGUGUUAAACAAAGCCGACCUGUGUCCUCCCCCACUCGUGAUUGCCUGGAAACACUACAUGACAUCUCAGUUUCCCCACCUGCAAAUAGUCUCCUUCACCUCCCACCGUGGGCAGCCGUACAGCACAGUGCUCCAGAAGAAGAGGAUGAGGAGGAAGGCUGACUGGAGUAAUGCUGGAGGUCCUUUAGACAUUCUAAAGGCCUGUCGGGAGAUCACAGCAGGGAGAGUCGACCUGUCCAGCUGGGAGCAGAAGAUUCUGAGAGAUGCUGAUGCUGAGAGACAUGAUGGGGAGGAAGCAGAUGAGGGAGCAGAAUCUGUGCUGGUGGAGCAUCAAAGUGACAGCUCCAUGGAGAUGAGCAGUCCAUCAGAGGAGCUCUACAAAGAUGGCAUUCUCACUUUGGGCUGUAUAGGUUUUCCCAAUGUUGGCAAGUCAUCCGUCAUUAACAGCCUGGUGGGGAGGAAGGUGGUGAGUGUGUCUCGAACCCCAGGUCACACCAAAUACUUCCAGACCUACUACCUCACCCCAACAGUCAAACUCUGCGACUGUCCUGGACUGGUGUUUCCUUCGAGAGUCAACAAGCAGUUGCAGAUUCUGGCAGGUAUCUACCCAGUGUCUCAGCUGCAGGAGCCCUACAGCUCCGUAGGUUAUCUGUGUGAGAGGACUCCCUUCCUCUCUGCGCUUAAGCUCCAACAUCCCAGCCUGCUGGAGAAAGAACCCCACCUAAGAAACGAGGGCUCAAACACAAUGAGCUGGACUGCCUGGGAUGUGUGUGAGGCUUGGGCAGAGAGGCGAGGAUAUAAGACGGCAAAAGCAGCUCGCAAUGAUGUUUAUCGUGCAGCGAAUAGUCUCCUGCGGUUGGCAAUCGAUGGCAGAUUGUGCCUUUGCCUCAGACCACUUGGCUACAGUUGCCUGAGAGAGCAUUGGGAAAAUCACCCAGACCUGUCAGAGAUCAUGGCACUACAAGGAAGGGUGACCGAGGAGGAAGGUGCUGGAGACCGGUGUGACGAGGAAGACGGGGAGUCCAGCACCGAGCCAGAGGAGGAGAGAGACAGGGAUGCUGAUGAUGAUGAGGAUGGAGAUGAUGAGGAUGAAGGGUUUGGGCGUCCAAUGAGGAAUAAUGAAAAGCCAUCUGGCUUCACUGUCAACAUGUACAAUGUCCUUCGGGAAAAUGACUGUGAGUGAUAAAAGUCAAGCAGGAAGAGUUAAUUGCUCUUCUCAUUCCUUUCUUUCCCGAAACGUACAUUCCUUCUUAUUUUUUCUCGCAAAUCCACUCCUCAUAUCACUCCCUUCUCCAUACAUUAACAAUACCUGUUCUAACCUGUCUCCCUCUCCCUAUAGUAUACAGAGCAAACUCAUGUAUUCAUGGUUGUGCCUCUGCUCUGCUUGUUCAUCUACGACGCUUGUUCGUUAAUGUUGCUUCUAGCAAAGGGUUUGGUUUGGUUUGGUUUGAUUUCAACUUAUUAUUUUGCAUGAAGUUUUCAAAGAUAAGUGAGCAGGGUCAUUUCCCUCAGGCUGGAAUAAUCAACCGACUGGAUUUCAAUCUCUUUAUUGAUAAGUGACCUCACAGCUGAGAUGCCAAAGUUCAGGAAUGGAUGGGGGAUACAAUGCACUGUCAAUAUGAUGUCAUUCACUGGAGCAUGGUGGUCAGAGCAGCUUGAGAUUGAAGACCACCACUCUCCAUCUUCAUUAUCCAGUAAAGUCUGUCUCAACUUUGAUGUUGAAGGGAGGAGCCGUUUUUCAGUAUCACAACUUAAUUAGAGUUUGAUUGAUUCAUUUUUAAUGAACUUGGUUUUGAUUUAGAUUGUUCUGUAUCUGAAAGUAAUAUUUAGUUUGGUGUACUUCUACACAGUCAGCAGAAGGUUUCAGGAAAUCAUUGGAUGGCAGAGAGAAAAGAGAGGGCAUUGUGUUGCUGGGCGAUGUUGUUUCAGGAAUUUAACUUGUAGUGUUUUAACUACUACAAAACUUUACCUUCAACACUUACACAGAUUUACAGUAUUUAGUGCAGGAUUUGGCUACAGUUAUUCUACAAGUUAAAUAAGUAAUGGAAGAACAGUGGAACUGUCGGAUACAGUCAGAUGCAAGUGGCAUUGUUCUGAUAUCUUUUUACGCCACUUGCAUCCGACUGUUUCCAGUCUUUGUGCUAAGCUAAGCUACAUAGCUGCCAGCUGUGACUUCAUGAACACCAUACACACAUGAGGCAUCAAUCUCCUCAUUUAACUCUCAUUAAAGAAGUUAUUGUAUGUAUUAACCCAACUGUCCAAUUGUUCCUUUACCACACAGAAACAGAGACUGGCCUCUAAAGCUUCCCUCACCGCUACAACAAUCCUGAGUGCUGUAUUAUUAUUGUGUGCUGCUGUUGUACCUCAUUCAUGAGUUUAGACAGUGGGGAAUCUCUAUAGCACAGUGCUGUGUUACUAUGUAAUACAUCACACUGCAGCCACAUGCUGUCAUUUCUAUCAUCGGUACAAUGUAAAGCAGUUAUUCAACGCUAACAUAAUGUUAGAAUCACAGAAGACUGGCUGUGUCUUUUUCUGAAAUCUAGAAACUGACAGUGUUUGCAGAAUGUCAUGUAAUGGCUUGAGGUGUGUUGAGGCCAUUUGCUGCGUUCCUCAUUUCAUGCCUUCUAUGCCGACUGAUAAACUGGACUGCUUUCUGCAAUUAAAAAAAAGAAGAAUUCUCUAAA